AUGCGACUGAAGAAUGGGCCACUCAGCGCCGCCGGUGAUGCAGGGCUGGGUUGGGGUUCAGCAUCUCUCUCGGCGUCUGUGGUAAGGUAAUGUUAUAAUGUGGGAAUGUAUAUACAAUUCUUUGUACGCUCCACCGACCCCUCGUCGCUGAAGUGCCGAACGAAGUUUUCUCCUUCAGUUCUGUCCAUUUGCUGGUUUGACUUGUAGCAAGUUGUCUACGGUCUUUCCAUCGUGCGUCGAGGAUCUGUAGUUCCUCCGCUUGUAUUUUGUAAUCUUUCAAUUGAGUCGCGGUGGCAUGUUUUGGUAAGAGGUCAAUCUACGAAUUGCAACGAAAUCACUCGUCUAUACAACUAGAAAGUAGUGACUUCUACGCAAGCCGGUUCAAAGCAAGGCCAAAGCAUUUGGGGUGAUAUCGAAGUCAAGACAUCAGGCAGCAUGUCGCCAACCGCAGGACCCUCCGGAGGGUCGUUUUCUCUCUUUCCUACCACGAAUCCAGCGAAACCGCCGUCUAGGAAGACGACCCCACGACCUCGAGCGGCCUCGCCCGAAUCUCUGGGGCAGGAACAUGGCCAAUCCUUUGAAAUGACACCCCCACGGCAUGGAAGAAGAACGCCAGAAGACCUCUCGUUAUUCGUGAUAGAUGGGUCGCCGCAGCCCGACCAAUACGUCGAGGGACCAGCUGUAGCACAGCCUGUCGCUGUGGAAGAUGCGCCGCAACGAACAGAUACGGCGUUUUCUGCUGCCACCACCCUGGCACGAGGAAACAGCACUCGAUCCAGAAGCUCAAUUGCAAAGAGGCCUUUUGAGGAUGUCCCUGAAUCAUCUUCCAGGGAAGAACCAACUGGUUUUCGAUCUAUAUUUCCACAAUAUGAUCACACAUUGCCAUUCAACCAGCAGGACUACUAUCCAACACAAACGAGUCCGAGCCAUAUACCACGGCAAGUAAUCAGUAGACAAUCGCAUAUGCCGCAGAACUCUGAAAGCCGAAGCCCGCCGGUCAGGAGUCCAGUUAGGAGUCCUAUGAGCGCUGAGUCGGGACGGAGAUGGCCACCAAGACAGCAAGAUCCGCCCGUAAUCCCGCCAGUAAGCACCACAGACGACCUCCGGGACUACUGGAAAGCGGCAAACGGGUGGAAAGCAACGCAAAGCGAUGGCAGAACUUUCUGUUUGAAACUGGAGCCUGAGAAGGACACACCGAUAUACUAUCUGUCUUCCCAAACGCAGCCUUUCUACCACAUGCGCAUUGUUCCAACAUCCGCUUCAGCAUAUAUUACGCUAAGCCGUCAUGAUCCUGCGAAGCCGUUCAAAGAGCGGGACCCCGGGGCAGAUGCAAGCCCCAAAGGCAUCCUGGCGGCACUUAGGGAGCCCGACAAAGCAAAGACAUGGCAUGAGGCCAUCAAUACGACUCUCGAGGAGGAGUCGAGACGCUUACCCCCAGAAGAUGGUCUUGUUGCGCUCCUCUACCCCAGCGCAGCGACGAAGAUGGCCCUCGACAAGCCUGGUGACAUUCAAGCCGUCAUGACAGCGGAGCGCGAAUGUGCACGCCUCGUCUGGGAUGAAGACAUCCAAAACUACUUUUUGGUACAUCCAGCCUUGGCCACUCCUUUCUGCAUCACAGUCGAACGGAACCCAGCUUGGAGCCGGACUGAAUACACCCUCGAGCACAUUGAGUCGCCGCAACACCUGGCCAAGCUGACCCGCAAUGGUACCGGUGAGGGCUGGAUGGAGCUCGAUACCCUCAUCGCCAGCCGGAUAGAAGCCCACUAUAUUCUCGACGUUGCGGUAUCAGCUCUGCUCAUCGUCGCCAACUUCGAUGAGAAGAACAACCACAUAGAGACAUUUGAGCCACCACCAAACUUUCCACCACCGGCGCAUAUGCGCGAGUCCGGGCGGGAGAGCAGAACUAGCCUUGCGUCGAGGCUGACUGGCGGUAAGGACAGCAAGAAGAAGAGGAGACGUCACAAGCUCGAGGAAAUGGAGAUGGACCUCGAGAGCCAGACAAGCAGUCUCGGCAAGCAGCUCGAGGUCAAGGAUAAAGACAAGCUACCGAGCACGACGAGGACGGUUAUCAAGCUGAUCACGUUUGCAUUCAAGUGCUUCAUCUGGGCACUGACGCUCGCGUUCAAGGCAUUGGUGGCUGUCGUCGCUGGCUUGAGCAAGUGCCUGACAAGUGAGAAGUUGUGAGUUGGGUAGACGUAAUGAUAUAAUGAUGGAUAGGGUCUGGGUAAAUGGACGAGGACAUGGGAACUAGUCACUAAGAUAGUGUGGAUUUGGAUACCUAGUUGCUUGCAGGCGGCAACUUUUUUGCAUCCCUCUGGUAUAUAUGACAAUACCUUUUGAACAUGGUCCGGUGUUUGUGACAUGGAGCGGAAUAUGAGUCGGAUUGUAUAUUUAGG